AGUAGGAAGGGAACACAAAUUUUGGGGGAAAAAAAACAAAGGGGAAAGGAAAUAAAAAUUAUUAUUAAGUCAAAGAUAUCACUCCGCCACAAAAUAACGACAAUACCCAACUAAGACAAUUUUUUAAUUAUUUAAUAAUUAAAACAUUUUCGAUUCCUUUCUACUACUUUCCUACCAAACCCCCCCACCCCGCUCUUCCGCAAACCCUCCUUUCACCAGUCUCAGCUCCCAUCCCACACAGCCGGAAAUCGAUCCAACGGUCAGAGAUGGCUCUAUCCCGCCUCGCCUCCUCCUCAACCUCCGGCUCUAAUCUCCUCAAACCCCUCACCUCCGCCCUAUCCUUCACCCCAUCUCUCCGCCGUCCGAUCUCAUCCGCCGCUGAUGACUCCACCACCCUCACGAUCGAGACAUCUGUCCCCUUCACCUCCCACAGGUGCGACGUGCCUUCCCGCACCGUCGAGACCACGCCCAAAGAGCUCAUGACGUUCUUUCGCGACAUGGCGUUGAUGCGCCGGAUGGAGAUCGCGGCCGACUCGCUCUACAAGGCCAAGCUCAUCCGAGGGUUUUGCCAUCUGUACGACGGCCAGGAGGCCGUCGCCAUCGGCAUGGAGGCCGCAAUUACCAAAAAGGACUGCAUCAUAACCGCGUACCGCGACCAUUGCACCUUCCUCGGCCGCGGCGGGACCCUUCUGCAGAUUUUCUCCGAGCUCAUGGGCCGCCAGGGUGGCUGCUCCAAGGGGAAAGGUGGAUCCAUGCAUUUUUACAAGAAGGACGCUGGGUUCUAUGGCGGUCACGGUAUUGUUGGGGCUCAGGUUCCGCUGGGAUGUGGCUUGGCUUUUGGGCAGAAAUACUCCAAGGAUGAAACGGUGACGUUUGCUCUGUAUGGCGACGGUGCGGCCAAUCAGGGCCAGUUGUUCGAGGCGCUUAAUAUUUCUGCGCUUUGGGAUCUGCCUGCCAUUUUGGUCUGUGAGAAUAAUCACUAUGGAAUGGGUACGGCAGAGUGGAGAGCCGCGAAGAGUCCAUCAUACUACAAGCGUGGAGAUUAUGUUCCUGGCUUGAAGGUAGAUGGCAUGGAUGUAUUUGCCGUAAAGCAGGCAUGCAAAUUUGCUAAGGAGCAUGCUUUGAAGAAUGGACCCAUUAUUCUUGAAAUGGACACUUAUAGGUACCAUGGGCACUCCAUGUCUGAUCCUGGGAGCACCUACCGUACACGUGAUGAGAUUUCUGGCGUGAGACAGGAGCGUGACCCAAUUGAAAGAAUAAGGAAGCUGAUAUUUGCUCACGAUCUAGCAACUGAGAAGGAGCUAAAGGAUAUUGAGAAGGAAGUGAGGAAAGAAGUCGAUGAAGCCAUUGCUAAAGCCAAAGAAAGCCCAAUGCCAGAACCCUCCGAACUCUUCACAAAUAUCUAUGUGAAAGGCUAUGGGGCUGAGUCAUUUGGAGCAGAUAGGAAAGAAGUCAGAACUGUGCUUCCAUGAAUCUAGAGUGGAAAGUUGCCGAUGACCAAUGACUGUUCCCUCCCUCAAACCUGAAGGUCCCCUUGUUCUCAUAAAUGAACCACACCUUCCAAUUUCCUGGAAAAGAAAAAAAAACAAUAAAUGGUUCGAUUUAAGAUGGCCAUCCCUUCCCGGCUAUAUAUUUUGAUGUUCACCUUCUUUUUUGUAUAGGAUUUUGAUUCUUCUCACAAGUAUUCAGAGGCUGACUCGUUGCGUGCAAGCAAUGUAGUUGAUCUCGAGACUUUUGAGGUUUAUGAAAAUAUUACCCAGUUGCUCAUGGGAAAUCUGCAUGUUUUCCCACAGUUAUGUUUCUGCUCAAUGCCGUUGGUUGUUGGAUGUCUUUUUGACAUUUGAUUUCUUGUUUCUCCCAGU